AGCCCUUCUCAAAGCAAUUGAAGAGUCACGGAUUUUUCUCAUUGUAUUCUCUGAAAACUAUGCAUCCUCAAGCUAGUGCUUAGACGAACUCGUUGAGAUCCUUCGAUGCAAAAGCUCAACGAAUCAAAUAGGUUGGCCCAUUUUUUACAAAGUGGAUCCUUCGCAUGUACGGAACCAAACAAAUAGUUUUGGUGAUGCAUUUGCUGACAUGAACUGCAGAUUUAAGGAUAAUACGGAGAAGGUGCUAAGGUGGAGGAGCGCUCUUAGAGAAGCAGCAAGUUUGAAAGGAUAUACUUGCAAGGCGGGAGAGUCUGAAGCUACAUUUAUCAACCACAUCGUUGAAGAGAUUGUAGUCCUAGUGCUGAACCGCACAUAUUUGAAUGUGGCGAAGUACCCAGUUGGAAUUCACUCGUGUUAAGAGCUGUGGAAAUGCUUUUAUGUGCUGGUGGGAAUGGUCGCCGCAUAGUUGGGAUAUGGGGGACAUCUGGAAUAGGCAAGACAACAAUUGCGAAAGCUAUUUAUAAUGCAAUUGCUCAUAAGUUCGAAGGGUGUUGUUUCUUGGCAGAUGUUAGAGAAAAUUCAAUGCCACAUGGAGGCUUAAUCCAACUACAGGAGACUCUUCUUCAAGAGAUUCUAGGUGGCAACAAGUUGAAAAUUGUUAGUGCUGAUAAAGGUAUCUCUAUUAUACAAAAAUUGCUAAGGCAUAAAAGGAUUCUCUUAAUUCUUGAUGAUGUGAAUCAAUUGGAGCAAUUAGACAACUUGGCUGGAGUUGGUUGGUUCGGUGAGGGUAGUAGAGUCAUCAUAACUACACAAGAUAGCGGAUUGCUAAAAUGUUAUGGAAUUGAGUUGAUAUACGAGGUCCAUAAGUUAUAUGACAACCAAGCUCUUGAGCUUUUCAGUUUGAAUGCCUUUGGAAGAAAUGAACCUCCAAAUGAUUAUUUGGAACGAGCAAAACGAGCAAUAGCCUAUGCUCAAGGCCUUCCACUAGCUUUAACACUUUUAGGCUCCCAUCUUCGUAUACAGAAAAUACUUCGAAAAAGUUAUGAUGCAUUAGAUAAUUCAGUGCAACAAGUUUUUCUUGACAUUUCAUGCUUCUUCAAGGGUAUGAGAAAGUUGGAAAAAUUUAAGUAUAUGCCAAAGCUGAAAUCUUUGAAUUUGAGUGGCUGUCAAUUCUUAAAAAAAAUAUCUGACUUAUCCAUAAUCCCAAAUAUAAAGUCGCUGAAUCUGAGUAAGUGUACAAGUUUGGUUGAGGUUAAUGAUUCUGUUGGACUCCUUGAUAAACUUGUUGAAUUGAAUCUUGAUGGAUGCUUUAAGCUUACGAGGUUUGCAACAGCACUGAGAUUGAAAUCCCUGGAAAGACUUUGUCUACGUAAUUGUGGAAGGCUUGAGAGCUUCCCAGAAAUAGAGGACAAGUUGGAAUCCCUGGUGAUUUUGAAUAUCGGAGAAAGUGGCAUAAGAGGAUUGUCAUCAUCAGCUGCAUAUCUUACUGGGAUUACAUUUAUGAGUGCUGGUUAUUGUGACAACCUUACAUUUACGUCAUUGCGUAGUAUAUAUGGAUUGCAACGUCUCACUACAUUGGGCGAUAAGGUGACCUCUGACUCAAACAUCUCAUUAGCGCUUCCCAAGCUAGUUUUCUUUAAUCUCCAAGGAUGCAAUUUAUCAGAAAGUAACUUCGUCCUGCCUCUCGACUGCUGGUUCACGUUUACAUUUCUUGAUCCAUCAGGAAACAAUUUUGUCAGAUGUCCGGGACACAUUAGAAAAUUUGCCAACUUAUGGUUUGUUAGAUUAAAUGGUUGCAAGGGGCUUCAAGAAAUUCCAGAAUUGCUUCGACCAAGUGUAGAUCGGGUACUCCUGCCUAAUUGCACAUCAUUGGAAAAUUUUCCAAAACUUCCCCAGGGGGUUCGGUGGCUGGAUUUGGUCAAUUGUCAUAGACUAGGUGGCUAUGAGAUUGAUAGGAUUUUUAGUGCCUGUGCAAACAGGGUUAAAAUCACAUAA